GUUUAGGCUUCCUUACUUGUACAGCUGCAUGACAUACGGCAGUGUUGAGGCAGCGAUGUCGUCGUCGGCUCCCGAAGGGAUGCCUUCGAAGCAUGCACGCUCUCCUCGAAGGACUGCAUUUUCGGAAGUGGGCUUUUACCAUUAUUCUGCGCUAACUCCCGAGUCUAGUCAACAGGCAGCCGAAGAGAGCGUCAUUGAUGAAAAUGGCUUCACUUUACUGAAUGAACGGAAACGCCAUCGUGACAGCACCGAAGCAAUGGACAUGGAUGAAUCUGGCAUGAACAAGAUCAGGAUGAAGCCUGAUAUCCUUACAUUUUAUCGUACCCCUGGAGCAUUCAAGUUUUGUCGGCGCAUCAGCAAUGGCCCAUUUAUUGAUUAUUUCCGUGCUAGCAACAGAGGUUCCCCCCUUCCGGAAAAUGUUAUCGUAGAAAUUCUUUCUUACCUGAAUAAGAGGGACCUGUGCAACGCUAUGGCAACAUGUAGGCUUUUGUACUCAGCAGGAGCAAGAUGUCGUACAUGGGAACAAGUAGAUCUGUUUAACCGCACUGUGUUCAACCAUUCGUUGAUUUGCUUCCUCAACAGGCGAUUAAAAGUCAUGCGUAUGGCAGAUACCAAUGUUGAAAAUUGGCCAUAUCACUCGACCACGCCUGCAAUAUCAUUAGAGUACCCGUUGAUGCUGACUCAUUUGGAUCUUAGUCGAGCAGUUUUCGCAGAUCGUAGUCUGUUGGUGAAGAUUAUGAAAGGAUGUACUCGUCUCCAAGCGUUAUCUAUGGAGGGUCAAGACUUAGGAGCAGACGCUGCUGAUAUUUGUGCUUCUAUCGGGAACAAUCGUGCUCUGUCUCGCCUCGAUCUAUCCAUGACAGUUGGCAUUGAUGCAAAUGGUGCACAACAAAUAUGUUCAGGAUGCAUAGCAAUACAACAUCUAAACUUGUCUUGGAGUGGUUUGGAUCAGGAAACGGUGCUAAUUUUUUGUUCAAAUCUUCCCGAUACGGUGACAAGACUGAAUAUGGCUGGAUCUUUGAAUAAGUCCUCACUAGACGAUGAAGCAGUUGAAUAUCUCGUAACGUGCUGUCCGAAUCUGAAAGAGCUCGAUUUGUCCGAUAAUGUGAACGUCACUGAGCAAGGACUGCAGUUUCUUAUGUCUCUUCAGCAGCUCGAAUCACUAUCCUUGAACAGGUGUUAUGGCAUACAACCCAUGAAUUUCUUAAUGUGCGGGCAUCUCCAUGCUCUCAAUGUCUUCGGAUGUAUAACAGAUUCGGGGUUAGCUGCUUUGAAGAACGGUCUCAGUGAGACAGAGGUUAAUGGAGCUGUUUUCAAUUACAUUGCGAAACCAACAGUACCACCAGCAGUGACAAGCAUAUGGGGUCAGCGCACUAAGGAUUGGUACUGAUGUGAUAUAUAUAACGCUUUAUCAUCCUCACUAUUUCGAUUCAUUUCAUUUACAUGUCAAUCUGUGAUAUCUAAGAGUGCGAUCGUUUUUAUUCGACGCGUGCUUCUGGCACGGUUCUUGCACAUUUCAGACUUUUCAUGUUACACUACCCUCUAUCUUCAACUCACGCUGCCCAUAGCUGACCUGUAGUAUAGCACGAAAUUCGUAGUGGACAUGGCUGCUUUGUUCACGAAAUAAAAUUUAGGAACGCACAAGAAUACAGUAGAGAUAAGGGGUUCCUGAUUUUGUGAUGGCUGUACCCAACACUACAUUGCUAACUUUGCGGAUAGUCCGCUAUCAAAUCGUUGUGCCCCUCCUAUAUGAAAUUCCAACUUAGUUCGGCUACUAAUGUCCGUACAAUGUUUGAGCACUUUCUCAAGGUUUUCAGCGUCGUACUCUUGAUCUCAACGCAUAUUUCUCCUUGCAUUCACAAUUACAACUAUGUUGAUCUCUUUCCUCGAAUUUGAAUUGCAUGCCGGUUUUUCUUUGCCCAGGAGUUUUCCGCUCAAUUAUGCGAUUCAUAUGUUACUGUACUGAAAUAAAUGUUAUCUUGUACAUUAAGCAUGCUCCAACUUCGUGUCUCAGUUGUUUCUUAUAAAUGCUUUUAGAGUAUUAAACCACUGACCAUCAAAGG